GAAUUUCCUUUAACGGCUCAACUUGGUUUCAGUUGUUGUUUGGUUUCUUAAUUUUUCAUUGAUUGUUGUUAAUUUAUUUUAAUCAUGGAUGUUUCUAUUAGUAAUACCAUGUUGAACAAGAAGAUUAAUAAAUUGUUGGAAUCUGAUUUAGAUCAGGAUAAGGAAACAUUGGAAGCAAUUAAAGUUCUGUCAUCAUGUUUUACCGACAAUACACUCACAACCCGACGUAAUUUAAGUAACAUUUUGGAAAAACGGAGUCUUGUUAUUAUUGAAAACUUCCAAUCUUGUUUCAGUGAAGUGAAAAAAAUUAUGGACAAUUUACAUCAUGACUUGGCCUCAAUGAAUUCUAAUUGUUCACAAACUAUGAAUAAAUUAAAGGAUUUGAAAAUGCGAAAUCAAAAUCUUCUUGAGAAGACUCAUUAUCUCAAAAAUGAAUGGAAAACUGUGGACAUCCAACAAGCGAUUGUGGAUAAAUUUUUGGAAAAAUUUCAUCUGACAGCUCAAGAAAUCGCGAUCCUAAGAGGUUUACCCUCCAGAGACGAUCCUCAUCACCAACCGCCGAUGACGGAGACAUUUUUCAGUCUAUUGGAAAAAUGUCGUCAAAUUCACGAAGAUUCUAAGACUUUAUUAACUACAAGCCAACAAACAACGGGAAUUGAAACAAUGAAUUUCAUGAGAGCGAUAGAAGAAGCCGCUUUCGAACGACUUUACAAAUGGACAUUGGUCUCACUUCGAUCCUUCAAUUCAGAUUCAAUGGAAAUCGGAUAUUUAAUUUACAGAGGAUUGGGAUUCAUCUCUGAAAGGCCAGUUCUAUUUAGGAAUUGUCUCGAUGAAUAUGGGACUGUCCGUCGAGCGGUUGUCGUUCGUAACUUGAUUGACGCUCUAACUCGAGGAGGCGAUGCCGGUAAUCCUCCUCCUAUUGACCUCAACUCGAACGACGCUGUCAGGUAUGUCGGCGACAUGCUAACAUGGGUACAUCAAGCGAUCGCCUCCGAGAAGGAACUAUUAAUUCAAUUGGUUCAAUUGUGUAAACUUGAGACACUAAAGGAAACUAAUAUCAUCCAAGUGAUUCUAUCAUUUAUCAUGGAAAGUGUUUAUCGUCCAAUCAAAGCUCGAAUUGAACAAAUUUUAAUGUCCGAUCCAAGUUCACCUAAAUCACAUGGACCAUUGAUCCUGUUUAAGGUUAAAAACUUGAUCAAAUUUUACUUUAAAUUAUUUUCCUCUGAAUUACUUCACGAUUCACAAUUAGUUUACACUAUGCUCGAGAUUGAUUCUCUAGCUAAUCGAGUCUUUAUCAAUAGUCUUAACUAUCAUUGUGCCUACAAAUUGGGUAAAUCAGAUGAAGGUGAUCAAGAACAACCACCAAUUGAUUUAACUGCAACCGAUUCAUUGAUGGAAACAAUUUACCUGAUUGAUCAAAUUCUAUCAUUCCAAAAUUCAUCAAUUUUAUCACCAGUUGAUCGUCAAGAGGUUAUGAUCACAAUGGUAAACGUUGUAAUUAAACCUCUAAUUCAAGCCUGUCGGGAAUGUGCCGCUAAAUUACCUGGUCUCGAAAUGUCCAUCUUCCUAUUGAACUGUUUCAACGAUAUUUAUCUAAUCAUUUGCAAAUGUGAUUAUAUUGAUGAAUUUAAAGAGGCUCUCGAAGAUCAAAUUAACGUUAAUCAAGCAAGUUUAAUUCACAAAAACGCUUCAAACAUAAUCACUUAUUUCGGUUUGAAUACCGUUUAUUAUGCAAUCAAAAACGAAGCUGAUACACCCUUGUCGUCGAUAACGGGAUGUGACGCUUUGGCCUUACAAUCAUGUUCGAAAAAAGUUGAUAUUUUCUUGGCUAAACCAGAGAAUUUCCAACUCUCGGAAUUACAUUUUCUCAAAAGUAUUGAAUUAAAAGAGUUGAUUAUACGAAAAUCAUUGGAGCUUUUAUGUCAAAUGUAUCGAGAAAUUUAUGAAGCAAUUAACAAACCCGAAAAUGAAUACGAUGAACCAACAUCAUUAUUACCUCAAACUCCUGAUCACAUUGAAUCAAUUUUACUUUAAUUAUUAAUUUCCAAUUAACUAAUCAUCACUAAAUUAAUCUAAUUUGUAAAUUUGUCUUUAUCUAUUUAUUUGUUGAAUCAAAUUUAUUUAUUAUAAUCUGAAUCCAUUCAGAAUCUACAAAAAAACUGAUCGAAAAGUUCAAUCAAUAAAAUAACUUAUCACCAA